AUGAAGGCCGAACGAGGAGAUGGGAAUGUGGCGUGGACCUCGGAGAUAGAGAGUGCCAGACCAGUAGAGGUGCCUCAGUCGAAAUGGAAAAUCUCCAAGUCUGGGGGCGGCGAUACUGCCAUGUCUCUAUUCACAAAUCCAGACGAAAUUUACGAAUACGUUGACCCGAAAGAGGCACGAAAGCUACUAUGGAAAAUUGACUUGAUGAUUCUCCCUUAUCUCGCUGUUUGCUACGCGUUCUUCUAUAUUGACAAGACGACUUUGAGCUAUGCAGCAAUCUUUGGAAUUCGAGAAGAUUUGAAUCUCAAAGGGACCCAAUACAGUUGGCUCAGCAGCCUCUUUUAUUUUGGAUUUUUGAUAUGGGCGCUUCCAACCAAUUUCAUGCUGCAGAGAUAUCCAGUUGGCAAAUAUCUGGGAGUGAACAUCUUUCUGUGGGGCUUCUUCCUAAUGCUCCAAGCAGCCUGCAAGAAUUUCACUACACUUGCAGUUCUCCGUACUCUCGCCGGUGCAGCGGAGGCGUGUUCCGACCCCGGGUUUCUCCUCGUCACAAGUAUGUGGUAUACUCGAAAGGAACAACCUGUACGGAUAGGCUUGUGGUAUACCGCGAAUGGAUUUGGUAUAGCCAUAGGUGGCCUCCUUGGAUACGGAAUCGGAAGUAUUAAAGGAGCCUUGCCAUCUUGGAAAUAUGAGUUUAUCAUCAUUGGUGCAUUGUGUUGCGUUUGGGGUAUUGUUAUCUUCCUCUUUCUUCCUGAUUCCCCAGUGACAGCCCCAUUUUUCAGCGAAAGGGACCGCCGCAGGGCUGUCGAGCGCAUUCGAUCAAACCAAACGGGGAUUGAAAACAAAAAGCUUAAGCCAUAUCAAAUUAAGGAGGCAUUCCUGGACUACAAGCUUUAUCUGUUUUUCUUGCUUGGAGUGGCGUGCAAUAUUCCUAAUGGAGGUAUUUCAAAUUUUGGAACUAUAAUCAUUCAGGGGUUCGGGUUUUCCACACUUGUCACUACCUUAAUGCAGAUACCAUACGGAAUUAUCAUUGCAGUGUCUAUCUUACUCUGUGUAUACCUCAAUAAUAAGUUUGAGAACCGGCGAUGUCUCUUUAUUAUUUUAUUUCUUUUACCAAAUAUAACAGGCGCAUUCGGACUCCGGUUUCUUACCCAUGACCAAAAGGCUGGACGGCUUAUUUGUUACUAUUUGACUGGACCGUACAAUGCUGCUUUCGUCCUAAUACUCAGCAUGCAAAUUGCUAAUAUAGCUGGACACACAAAGAAGGUGGUUACAAACGCCGUGCUAUUCUUAGGCUACUGCACUGGUAACAUCGCCGGUCCAUUCUUCUAUAUUUCAGAACAAUCGCCCUCAUACCCGCUUGGUAUCUGGUCGAUGAUAGUAUCGCACGUCAUUGAAGCAGCGGCCAUCUCGCUUCUCGGGUUCCUUUUAUGGAGAGAAAAUAAACGACGUGACCACAUACAAUCCCAACAAGAAGGUGGAUUGAAUGGUCGGGACCUUGACUCUACUGCAUUCUCUGAUAUGACAGACAGAGAAAACCUCAAUACUGACUUGUUGUAUAAAUAA